AUGUUGAGUGUGGCACGCACUACGUUGUAUAGGAAUCGCUUACUUGCUCGUCUCUACAGUGCAGCUACAACAGCGGGGCCUUCAACUUCGACGGCAACACCAAGUCCGAGCAUAGUGCAAUUUGGCCCAAAUGUCAGUGAACAGCAACCCGUCGUCCCGCUUCCCUUGGCGAGACAUCAACUCGGCACCGGAAUCGGCGCGUCCAUCGUGAAUGCCCUGAAACUGGACCCAAAAUUUGAGAGGUUCGACCCAAGCUCUUCACGCACCGACUGGGCUUCGAUUGAUUCUCUAGAAGCUGCGAUGGCCAAAGAUGACUUUGAUCAGUUCCGCCGCGUGCUGAGCGCACAACGGUGGCCGGCGAUGCCGCACGUAUCCGCGAGGGGAAUGCUCGAGUUUGUGCUGCAGAAUGCGAUCGAUGCGCGCGAAGCGGAAGCAUUUUUUAAAGAAUAUGCAUCAACUUCGAUGAAGGUCUGGAUACCCGAUGUGCUGCCGGUUCGUUUGGCAAUGCGCGCCGCAAUGGAAUGUCAGAGUAACGCCGCUAAUAUAGCCGGGGAAGUAUUGUUGCGACAUCGAUCCGUCUUUUUGGCCAGACCUCGGAUGUUGCCAUACAAACUCGCGAAGCCACUGCUGCAACAUUUGGCCUUGAGGAGCACCCCUGCAGAGUGCAUCGAAUUCUUCGACGUUGCCGAACUCCAUGGAUACACCUUUAAAAGCGAUUUGCUUUGCACGGUUUUAUUGCAAAACAGCAUUGAUAAAGGGGAUACUUUUGGCGACAUGUUCCAGCUCUGGGAGACACUUGCGCAACAUUUCUCACGCUGCGACGGCAUUCAGCAAGUUCUGACAAGUGCAUUGUGCAAUGAUGAGUCGGAUAGCAAACGAAUUGGUUUGAUUUGUCAAUUUGCCAAGCGGAUGAAUCGACACCCCAGUUCUGUUGUGGCGGAAUUGGCUUUUGCGUUGGCAAGGAAAGGACGAGACGCGGAAGCUGCUUUCUUGUUGAAUCGGGUUGUUGUCCGGCCCAAGGACUUACGUGGUGCAAUGCGGGCGUUCCUCGAGAGCAGCAGCGACCCAAUACUUUUUGAAGGGCUGUGCGAUUUAAUGAUGGUUAACCAACGUAAAAAGUCGAAGACCGCGCCGGACCAACCAGAGCAGAUUCUGGAUGAGCGACUGAUGAAGGUCAUUGGCGAGUAUGCUGGGUUUUCAGCAAACAAGAAGCAGAAAACAUUGAAGAAGCUGAAGGUGAAUCCCAACGAUCGGCACGACGUUAUCGAAUUGAUUCAAAAUUCAUUCCGACGGCUCAGCGAGGACGAAACGCUACUGGCCAACUGCGAUAAGCGACAAAAUGACCCAAAUUUUCUCGCCAAGCACAAGCAAGGGUUGGAAAACCUCGACUGGAAAGACCUUCACCAGGCCACGGAAUACAUCGAAUGGCGAAACGAACUGUUGGACAAACAUUUCAACAAACUCGCCGACUUUUUUAAGACAGACGCUCUCCCCGAGCUGACUGAUCGGCAAUGGGCUAUAAUUUUCCGUGGCUUCGGUGGCGCCUCCGUCUACACCCCAAAAGGUCGACGCGCAGAAGCACUGUCUGUGGCUCUUCAAAAACUAUCGGCUGCAGGAAUCAAAUUGGGACCCUUGGCCAAGACAUCGGUUCUUCGAGCGCGGAUUGAUAACGGUCAAGAAGUGGACGUCAUUGCCCAACUCCAGGAAUGGGAAACACACGGCAUCCCUCCCACCAACGAAUUCUGCGUCCAAUUGGCUCGCGCAUACAGUGUGGCCCAAAACCCGACAGGCGUCAGUGAGAUCAUUAGCUAUGCGAAAUCCGAGAAUUUGGCCAUCGAUGAAAAGCUGUCGCCUUUAUUCCUUCGUGCCCUCGCCCUAGAAGGAAAAUAUUCAGAAGCCGAGCAAGCAAUCCAGAGACUUGCCGGAGCCGACGAGUUUACCCGCAAUGAACUACGACUUGAUGUGGGCGAAGUUGCUGCUAGUCGUGGCGAUCUAGAGGUUCUACGGCAACAAUUGUCCUUGGUGUCCACUAAUGGACUCAAUUUUAAUUCGACGAAGCAGCUGCGAAGAAUCUUGUGCGCGCUAUUGGAUGGACAUCAUUUCGAUGAGGCGGAAAAGCUGCGCGAUCUUGUCAACAAUUGGUCGCAUGGCAGAAUGGAAAAAGCAAUGGCUUUGUUCCAGAAAAAAAUGUAUAUCUACACUUGGCUUCGUCUCAAGGAGGGACGUCUUGAAAGCGCCCUGCAAGCCUAUACGUACCUGGAAAAAACCAACGACCGCAUCCAAGAACAGCUUACGAAAGCUAUUGCUCAACGUCUUUGCGACAAAAAUCAUGAUUUUGGUGCUGGUAUGAACAUGUUGAGAAAGGCUUCGGAACUUGGGCUGAUCAGUUCACCAGCCGCCGUCCUGCUACAAGUAGGAGACAACCUGUCGUCUAUGCGCUUAUAUGCACUGCUGGACGAAGUCAAAGAUCCCAAUGAGUUGUCAGACGCUCUGCAAUACAAUCCCGAAAAACGAGUUGUCUUGGCGGAAAAAAUUCUCUCGAACGCGGCGGGAAAUGAAUUACCGCGUUCGAAACGUAUUGUUGCCGUUGCUCGUCUGUUCUGUUCGAUGCCUGAAUACAGGAUGCAAGUCGUCGAAACGGCACACAAAUACAUUUGCCGCGCCUUCAACUUUGAUAGUCAAGCGAUCUCUGGAGCAAUCAAGUUGCUGGGCGAGGAGCCGCGAACACAACGGAGACUUGGGGCUGCGAUUGUCGACGCCUAUCUCCGAUUUCGAAAAAUUGACCUGAACGCGGACAAAGAGCUGGUCGCUCUCAUUGACAACAAAGCGAUCCAACGAGUUGACCUUGUGCCCAUACAGCGCAUGUUUAAUGAACUUGUCGCCGGAAUCGACGACCAAAAUUCCAAACGACUCAUUCCGUUGGCCGCCCGGAUAAUGGCACUUGGAUUUUCCGGCAAGAAUGCUUUUAUCAGCAUGAUUGUUUUUUUAGACAAGCCAGCCGAGAACGAGCAUACGGAACCCUUCCUCAUCCGCGCAUUGACAAAAGCGAAACCCGAGAUUGCGGAUGCUUUGGUCGAUUGCUUAGUUCUGAAUCACUCGUCGGUCAACAUCGCGAAGGGCAGGUUCGCGGAUCUGAAGACUAAAUAUGGCGAGAAGAUAGUAGAGACGCUAGAAAAAUUACAGCGACGCGAUUCGACCUGGGCACGUCGCAUGAGGGCAUCCGUCGAAGACUUAGAGCGUGAACUUGAGCAUCUCAAGCGAAAAAACGAAGAUUAUGACCCAACGCCAUUAUACGUGGCAAUUUUGACUCGGAUUAGGAACGUUGAGCCAUUUGAUUUACACGCCGGGAUCCGUUAUCUCAUUGCCUUUGGGGAUGCGGAUUUGAAACAUCAGUCCAAAGACGUUUGGCACUUCAAGGAUGCCGCACUCCGAUACGCCAAUCAGGAAGGCCGCUUUGACGAGGCUCUGCAAAUUCUGGAAACAUGUCCCACGAUCACGCCGGACGGGCAAGCGCUAUUGCGAUUGGUCGCUGGGUUGUUUCUCAACGACCGAGUGGUUGAUGCUGAUGCCAUUACGGCGCGCCUGAAAAACCGCUUGACUCUCCGUGUUGAAGACGUGGCUAAGGUUGGAAAAUCGCUCGAGGACUACUCUUUUGCGCAAUUGGAGGGUCUGGAGAAAUACCUUAUUGGUUCGCUGAAUAUGGACAAAACUAUCGCAAGACACGUCGUGAAUGCCGGCAUGGAGAAACGCAUCUUGAAAUGUAUUGAGGCGGGAGAUCUAGAAACGGCGUUUGCCGAGGCGAUGGCUGAGGCUCAGCGUGUGAAAACGGCUUUUGGAUGGCUUCAUAUUGCGCGUGCUGCUGUGGCGGCCAAUAAUCGCUCGAUUCUGUCGUCCGUCUUCGACUUGAUCACGCGCUACCACGAUCGGAACUCAGCAUCAACGAAUAUCGGAUACGUGCUACUUGAGGCGGGCCAUGUCAACGCGGCCGAGAAGAUGCUCACGAGCCCCGGCUUGCAAAUCCCGAUAAAAGUCUAUGAAUAUCUGGUACGGAGAGCCGCAGAGGAUAAGCGGGUGGAUGUCCUCCGCUCGAUGUUUGAUUUCUGGGCCGAGGGCAACUUCAUUCCUCAGACGAAGCUCAAUCAGCUGCUCGGAGAUCUGAUCAAAAUUUAUUAUGCGACUGGUGACUUCACGGCCAUCUCCAAUCUGCAGGCAAAGUGCAAAGAACUUUCGUUCCCAUUGGCAAAAAGCGUUCGCGAAGAGUUCGAGCUGGCCGGGCAAAAGGAAAGAUGCAAGAUCUCCACCUCACAGCCCACGAGCAAUCCUUACAAGGUUUCUUUUAAAUUUAUUCGAAAACGAGCCGCAGGACCGGCCUCCGCUUCCUCAAGCCAAUCAUCUGAACUGCUCUACGAGAAAUAUCUCCGAAUCGCCCUUCGACUGCCCGAUGGUCGACGCGUUGAAGCUCAUUUUCUCCCCAGCGACCCGAUAAAAGCCCUGUUCGACAAGAUCCACGAGUAUGGUUUCAACUAUAAUGUGGUUUUGGUGCUAAACUAUCCGAAAAGAAUGAUCACAGCAGCGCAAUUCGGCGCCUCUCUUUUGGACCUCGGCAUCGUGACCGACGAAGUAUUGUAUGUGGAAAUAUCG